GUCCUUAUGAGAUAAGCUACUAUCUGUGACUUGGUGAGAAACAGUCGGGUUCUUACAUAUAUCAGCACCAACAUGUGUUUACUGUGGUCAAGUCUGGUGUGGUCAGCCCUCAUUGUGCAUGUGAUCCGAGGAUGUCCGAACGGCUGGGAAACGUUUGACGGGUCAUGCUAUUUUGUGUCUGACUUCCGGGAAGAUUGGCCAACAGCAUCGACCGCAUGUGGGCUUUAUCAUGCACAUCUCGCUGAAGUUAUCGACGAAGCAGAGGAAAAUUUUCUCAAACAAGUAAUCUCAAAAUAUCAUGCUGGGCACAGGAGUGAUGACAAUUACUGGUUGGGAGGUUCAGACAUGUUUGUGGAGGGAGAUUGGCGAUGGAUGAACAGUGAUCAACGUAUAAAUUAUACCAACUGGUAUCCGGGUGAGCCGAACAAUUACCAGAACCAUAGCGAAGACUGUGUGGUGGUGUACAUCAACAACCAUCAACAGUACCGAUGGGAUGACCGGAAAUGCACGGAAAAAAAUAACUUUAUUUGUGAGAUUGGAGAUGAUUCGGGAGCAAUUGUGAUUGGCUGAAACCUGAUGCAGUUGAUGAUAUCGGUACUCAUUGCUUAUGUUGAAAUCGUUGUCAUUACGAAAUAAAUAUCAAGGAAUUAUUAUG